UCCAUUCCAAGGCCUCGCCCUCACGCUAGUCGCCCACACGUAACGCAACCGAUAUAUUCCCCACCCAGCCCUGCCCAGCCGUCCAGCCGAGAGACCGCGUGCGAACCAAGCAGACCCCAGCCGAAGUAGCGAAAGCGAAGUCGUCGCCGGAGCAGGAGGAGGAGGAAGCGCGCCGGAGCAAGAUGUCGUGGCAGACGUACGUCGACGAGCACCUGAUGUGCGAGAUCGAAGGCCAGCAUCUCACCUCCGCCGCCAUCGUAGGCCACGACGGCAGCGUCUGGGCGCAGUCCCCGAACUUCCCCCAGUACAAGCCUGAAGAGAUUGCUGCCAUCAUGAAGGACUUCGAUGAGCCUGGUACUCUUGCACCAACUGGUCUUUUUCUUGGAGGCACAAAAUACAUGGUGAUCCAAGGUGAACCUAAUGUUGUCAUCCGAGGAAAGAAGGGCACUGGAGGCAUCACUGUCAAGAAGACGACCCUAGCCUUGAUCAUUGGUAUCUAUGAUGAGCCAAUGACUCCAGGGCAAUGCAACAUGAUAGUGGAGAGGCUCGGCGACUACCUGAUCGAGCAGGGUUUCUAAGUUUGUCAUAUGUUAUUUUGGUCAUUUGGCACUUAAGUUUGCACCUCAUUUGGUUCAGUAAUCUGUGGGCUUGCUCAUCUACUUGGCGAAUCGCAUUAUAUUGCAUGCAGUGAAUAAUUAGCUUGGGUUUGUUUGUUGGUAACAAUGUUGGAAAAGAGUCUGAAUUGGGGUUUAUGUUUGGCCUCGCGUCAUAUCAAACUCAGCUGCUGUUUCACUGAGUAAUGUACAUUUCCCUGGUCAUGCUACUUGUGAUUCUGCUGCUGUAUGGAGAUGAGUGCAUUUUACCGAAUGUGAUCGGCUUGCUGUUGAA